UCAACGAAGAAGAAGAAGAAGAAGAAGAAGAAGACUUCAGCAAGAUGGCAGAAAGUAUGGACAGUAUCACUGCUGGACAGCCAUCAGGUUCAGACACUGAACAGUUAAAGUUAUCUGACUUAUUGGAUCGAGGUUGGAAGAUAUUUGAGGAGUUGGACAGUUCUAACGAAUCGUUUGGCCCCAACACUGUCCACCGCGUUAAACGUGGUAUUAACAUGUUGGAAGAAGCGUCGAGGAUGGUUGCUCAGCUCGACCUGUUUAGUCGUAACGAAGAAGUGGAGGAGAUCGCCACCGCAGAUCUGAAGUACCUGCUGCUGCCUGCUCUGCUGGGGGCCCUGCACAUGAAGCAGAGCAGCCAGCACAAGCGGCUGGAGACGGUGCAGACAGCUCGGCUCUACUUCAUGGACUUCCUAAAGAAAUGCCUUGACUACAACAUCUCCCAGUUUGAGCUGCCGAGGUCAUCAGAUGGAGACGGCGUUUCUGAAGAAUCGCCUGAGGGUGUCUGUUCCAAAGGCAAGUCUUUUACUGCAGGUCCGUCAAAUCUGGUUGCCAUGGCAGCAAAGAGACAAUCUAAAAUUGAAAGGUAUCGACAGAGAAAGGAGCUGGAGACUAGAUUGUCAGAUGUUCGCAGAGUUGUGGAAAGUGGACAAGCCGAAGAUGAGGUCAACAGAGAUUUUUACCUCCUGAAUGUCCAGAGAUGGAUCACUGUUUGUCUAGAGGAGAUUGAGGCUAUUGACCAGGAGGUGGGAAUACUUAAGAAGAUGGAUGUUCUGAAGCAGGGUCCUGCUAAUCAACCAACUCAGCAAUCAAGACAUGCCAUGAAACCCUUCAUCCUCACAAGAGAUGCAUUACAGGCUCAUGUACUUGGGGCUGGGUAUCCUAGCCUUCCUACUAUGACGGUGGAUGACUGGUAUGAGCAACACAGAAAACAGGGAGUCUUGCCUGAUCAGGGCAUUCCGCAGAAAGUCACUGUGGAGGACAGCGCUGAUGCACAGGAGAGAGACGAAGAAGAAAAAGAGAGAAGGGCGGAAAAUGAUGAUGAGGCGUCUUUGCUGAAAGCCAGAAACUGGGAUGACUGGAAAGAUAAUCACCGCAGAGGAUAUGGGAACCGGCAGAACAUGGGCUAACCCUUUGCCAUUGCAGUCUUAAUUUCAUGUUUAUAAUGUAAACAAAAGAGUGGUUGUUUCUUACAUUACUACUCUCAAGAAUUUAAGUAUAAGGUCCCAAACCUCAGAAUGGUUAUGAUCAGUUAUGUUGAUUGAUUUAUCUUUUCUGGUAAAAGCUGUUCUGUGAAACUUUGGACAGGAAAACUUUUGAAAAAUAGCAAAAUCGUCCAUUGAGUGUUGUGUCUGUGUUCUUUUAAUACAUGUUUUAUUUUGCAAGAAACAAUUCCAUUAGUGCAAUGGUUUUAAAAUGUACCCAUUAGGUGGUUGUUGUAUGAUCAAACUUUACAAUAUUGAAGAAAUCCUACUUUAGCCAAAGGAUGCAAGUAUCAGCAGCAUAAUGCAUUUUUGAAUUUAAAUGUACUUGUUCUGGUCCUCGAAUAAGUCUUUUUCCUCGUUUAGUUUAUGCCCCUUUGUAUUCCGGUGAGGUCCCAUAAAAGCAAUUUUUAAGCUCUUCCCCUUGUCUUCCAGCACAACCCUCCCUCUCCCCCCCACCCCCCCAAAUAAUUGGGACAAACUUCUGCUUAGAUACAUUGAGGUUAGUGCUUAGAAUGAGUGUCUAGGGGUUAAACAGAAUUUAGCCAAAGACUAUUUUCAAGUUUUUAUCACUUCUGUACCUGAGAACCCCUGACCCCUCCCAUCGAGAAGGGUUGGGGUUAAACAUCAGCAUACCAGUGAUGCACCUUUACCUGGCAGCAGAUGUGUUCACAAGUCCCAGAAACCGGUUUAAGGAAGAACAUGAUUUUCUGACCAACAAUAUUUCCACUCAGUUGGUAACAUGAUACUCGCUGGCUUAUGAUGGGUACAAUUGAGCCUGAAAUUCUUCAUACUCUUGGCAGAUUUAAAGAUUUUUCCAUUACUGUUUUGAAUGCUAUAAAUUUUUAUCAACAUACCAUUUUUAAAAUAAAAUGUGAAUCAAAAGCAUUUCCCUCCCUAAA